AUGCCUGCCCCCUCGAUGCAUCCAAACGUUGCAAAAGAACAUUACGCGAUUCAAAAGGUAAUGUUUUUUGACAUCAAUCGAUUCCAUUUUUUUGUACUUUUGACGUGGCAAUUCGCAAUCUUUUUUGCAUCGCAACAGAUAUUCCCGAUUUUCUCCAAUUAUGUACCGGAAUGGCAAUGUGAUGACGGGCCUCUGUCGAAGAACUGCACCGUAUAUACCACUUGUAAUGGAACAUUGAGUUAUCCUCAUUCACAGUUUCAGUCGGCUGCUUUGGAAUAUGGAUGGAUCUGUGGUACAACGGCUUAUUUAGCGUCUUUAUUCUCACAGGUUCAAUUUGCAGGUGUACUUUGUGGAACAUUCUCUUUUGGAGCACUUUCUGAUAUUUUUGGCCGGAAGCCAGUUGCUAUUUUUACGAUGUCUAUGGGUAUUUUGACGAAUUUUAUCACUGGUCUGGCUCCAACCUGGCAAAUCCUUAUGGCAAUCCGAUUCUUUGUUGGACUUUCUGUUGGAGGAACAUUGGUCGUUGUGUGUACAUUCAUUAUGGAAAUGCUUCUACCACAUCAAAGAAUGGCUCUCAGAGCAUUCUUCAACUGGGGAGUUGCACGACUAAUAAUGACGUUGAUAUGUAUGGCGUUCCCAGAAUGGCGAGCUUCCAGUAUAGCAUGUGCUUUGACUGCCCUACCAGCUUUGUUUAUACUGAUCUUCAUCUUCCCUGAAAUGACCAUGGGUGGACUUAGUACAUCGGAGUUCGAAGGGAACCUCAGGGAAGGCAGGAUUGAAAGGCGUGAACGACAGGGACGUUUAGAAGAAAUGCGUGCAGCUGAACGCUAUAUUGCCAAGUUUGCUGGCGUGGAGUAUAAACCCGUGGCUCACAAGAAAGUCGAACACAACAAGGUUUGUUGGUUCAAUUUUAUUAUUCGUCGCUGA